UAUAAGAUUUAAAUGCCAAAUAUCAUGAUCAUGUCAUAAAAAAGACUAAUAAUAUUUCACAAAAUUCUGAUCAUAACAAGAAUACAUGACUCAUAAAUAGUUCAUAUCGUCUCAUGACCUCAAAUAUCAAGACCGCCAGGGAGUAUAUCUUCACCAGCUCAUAGAAGGAAUCAGACGGCAAGGCGAUGGCGGAUGAAACGUAGAGGGUGGAGAUUGACGAGGGAGAUGGGGAAGGUGAGAGGGAUAGGUUUUGUUUUAGAAGUUUGGACUGGGAACGCAAGAAGACAGAUUGUUAAAGUUAUCAUGUGAAAUAAAAAAUAAUAAACUUAACUAAAAGAUAAGGCAAAAUACACUUGUAUAGCCAUAACUUUCACGUUUGUGACAAAUAUAGCCAUAACUAUUUGAAAACACAAAAUAGCCAAUUCCGUCCAUCUCUUUAAUGGUGUCAUCUAACGCUAUGACUGGACUAACGAAAAAUGCUGAGUUGUCAAUAUUUUAUCAAUAAUCAUAUAGGGUGGAAUUAACUGAAAACAAAAUAAUAAUUAAUUAAUUUUUUAUUAUUCUCUCUCCUCUUUCUCUUCUUUCCUCUUCCGCCACAAAAAACGAAUCCCUCUUCUCAAUUCCAGAUCCGCUCUUCCCCACGGUGGCGGUUGUCAUCGCCGGUUUCGACUCCCGUUCCCGGAUCCGAACAUCAUCAGAGCAUUGGCGGUUGAAAACCCAACUCCGAUGAUCCCGCCGCUUCCGACCCUUCCUCUACCGCCUCCGAUGAUCCCGCCGCUUCCUAGCCCUCCUCCUCUUGAACCCCCUGUUCUUUUCUUCCCCUGCCUCCGUCGCGUCCCGCCGCCAUCCAGAUAUUCUCCCCUGCCUACCCACGCCACCGUGCUGAGCCUGCACUCUGGCUCCGUCGGAUUACCGCCGGCGUCUUCCCAUUUGCAGCCCCACCAGAUGGUUUCCAGUGAUCUCUCCGACUCCAAAUCCAUCCUGCUCGAGCCCCUUCAAUGGCUACAACUACUAUCCUCCAACCUCAACCCAACAUUCAUCCUCGGGAUCUUCGUUGUCUACGACCUCAUCCAGGGCUUUUGGGCCUCCUCAUCGACGUCUUCCCCGUCGGCAAGUACAGGCGGCAGCCGUACUUUGUGGCGUCCAGGGUACUGGUGGUCAAGCUCCUCUCCACUUCCCAAGCCUGCGACGACGACCCCUUCUCCCACCACCACCGCCUCUCCCACGUUUCCCUCAGCGACAACCACUCCUCCUCCGAUGCGGGCACGGGAAUCGCUCUCCCGCGGCGGGAGAUCGAGGAGAUGCCGGAGAAGCAGGGGACGGAGAUGAGAUCCAUGAUGCUUUGGCUUUGACCUGAAGGAUGCUGUUGCGGUGGGGAAGGGAGGGGAUGGAUGAGGGAAGGUAUAGCGACGGUGGGGAGAUGAGAUCGAGAGAGGCGGCGGAGGUGGGGAUAGGGUUUGGGGAUGGGGAUUGGGGACCGAAAGGGUAAUUUGAGAGUUCUGGUAAAUAAAGUGCUUUUUUUAAAUUAAUGAAAACGUUAGCAUAUU